CGUGCGCCGCCGAUGGAGGCGUGCGGCGGGCAGGGCCCGUCCGGAGCGGGGCGGGCGCAGCGCCGGGCGGAGAGCGCCGAGCCCAGGCCAAGGGGGAAGGCGGGCAGGGCCCGCCCGUCUGGGCUGCUGGACCUGCCUUGGGAGGACGUCCUGCUGCCCCACGUCCUCAGCCGGCUGCCCCCGAGACAGCUGCUCGCCCUGCAGCGGGUCAGCAAGGGCUUCCGGGCCCUCGUCCGCCUGCAUGUGGCCAACCUAAGGCGCUUCGACUCCGCCCAGGUGGGCCCUCAGGUCCCCAAAAUAGCCUUCCAGCAGCUGCUGCGGGACACAGAGGUGCUGCAGCACCUGGCGCUUGAAAGUUGCCGGGACUGGCUGACGGACCAGGACUUGCUGCCCGUCAUCGGGCAGAACCACCACCUGCAGCACGUCGGACUGGGCGGCUGCGGGCAGCUGAGCCGCCAGACGCUGGUGGCCAUCUCCCUGAGCUGCCCCCGCCUGCGCCACCUCUCCCUGGCCCACUGCGAGUGGGUGGACGGCCUGGCCCUGCGCAGCCUGGCCGAUCACUGCCGGGCUCUCGAGGCCCUGGACCUCACCGCCUGCCGCCAGCUCAAGGAUGAGGCCAUCUGCUACCUGGCGCGCCGAGGCUCCCGGCUCCGCUCCCUCUCGCUGGCCGUCAACACCAACGUGGGCGACGCCUCCGUGGAAGAGGUGGCCAAGGGCUGCCCUCGGCUGGAGCACCUGGACCUUACGGGCUGCCUGAGGGUCAAGAGCGAGGCCAUCAGGACCCUGGCCGAGUACUGUCCCCAGCUGCGCUCGCUGCGGGUGCGUCACUGUCACGACGUGGCCGAGUCGAUCCUGAGCGGCCUGCGCAAGCGCGGUGUGGACGUCGACGUGGAGCCCCCCCUCCAGCGCGCCCUGGUGCUGCUGCAGGACGUUGUUGGCAUCCCCCCCUUCAUCAACCUGCAGAUCUGAAGGGCCUGGUCGCUUGGUUGGGAGGGAGGGAGGGAAGGAGGCCGCGGAGGAGGAGGAGGAAAGGUGGGAAGGGGCAGCCUCGGUUGCUGUCCUCCCCAAGCUCGGGAGGGGCCGGCUCUAUCUCCCUUCUGCCUGCCGGUCCCUUCCCUGCCAAGGGAUGGUAGCUUGGAGGGGAGCAGAAUCCGUGUGCAGUGAUGGGGAGGAGCCAGGGGACCCCACCCAACCCCGGCUCCUGGGGAACCGGACUCCUAUUUCCGAGGGAGCCUCCAGCUGCUCUUCGUCCCAGCCCAGGGCCUGGGUUCUGUCCCCUCCUCCUCCUCGGGGGCCCACCCUGGCGUCCAGGGGCCGGCGGGGCUGAGGACCCAGGCCCGAGGAGCCCUGCUUGGUGACCCAAGAAGGCCUGUGCCGUUCCGCCUCCAUCCGGGGGGCUGGGCCCCGCGGGGCAGCGGGAGACGGAGCGACGCGUGUGCCACAACCCCAAGGAAUGUGUGAGUGAGAAAUAAAGCAGCUGAAUCAA